AUGGAGAGCUGGAAGGCCUGUUUUCUGUGUUUGUCGUGUCGCGGUGCGGGCUGGAAUAAGCUUAUUAUCAAAUUUGACUCUGAAAACUGCCUCAUUUCUCGAAUCACGAAAUGCCCCGUCUCUUCUGCGAGCCCGGCUGGUAAUGCUGAGUGGCAGGUACUCAACAACAGCGCCAGAGUCCGGUCUGUCGCCAAGGUGAUGACGUUAUGGCAACCCAGCUGUCAAACGGCUGGAUAACCGCCGUCGUCGAGAAAGACGCUCAGCAGAACCAGAUGCUGCUGGCGUUUCCACCAAUUAGGAGUCAGGAGGUGGGUGCCUGUCAGAGGAGAAGGAGGCCAGCAGAGAAAAGAGGAACAGCAGCAUCACUGUCAGAAACAGAACCACGGACACUGAGGAACAACAGGAGGAGGAAAAAAAAAAGAAAAACAGAGGACGGAGGGAGGAAAAGUCUGAAUGUGAAGAGAAGAUGAACUACAGUAACAGUUGCCCAUGGUAACUCAUUAAUUAGAGAACCUCAUCAGCUCGUUCAAUGAAUGACAGAGAGUGGAUUUAAAUACACAAAACACAUAAAAAGUAUAGUCUCCUCAUGCAUGAAUAGAUGGAUGAGGUAAGUAAAGGACACAAAAUUAAGAAGAAAGAUUUAAAAAUUCUAAAUUCAAUUUAUUUCAUUUAUUUAUUUUCUUCUUCUCCUUCACUUUCUCCACCUGUGCAGCUGUGAAGGUGUGGGGCGUCCGUGAAAACCACUGUUAGUAUCGGUGCCUGUCCUUUUGUGAAGAGAAAACAAUAAACAUAGUGUUGAGGAAACAGAUAGAUGGAGAAGGUGGGCAGAUGGAUAGAUAGUGUUAAGGCAACAUUGAAGUAAUGAGAGAGAACAACAGAAACUGCCUCUCUGUCUGGCUUUUGCUCGGCAUCGUAACGGCAGCAUAAACGUCUUCUGAACAUGAAGAGCUCUGUUGUCUAGUCAGGCUUGUUCUGAAUGGAGAGUAAUUUCAUGUCCUUGUAUAAAAGUAUACCCUAUUGUUUGAGAAUUAAGCACAGCGUAUAGGCCUGUAAUUAUACCUCCACAAUAGCGGGUUUUCAGAAAAGGGCUGGAAAUAGCAUUGGAGGGUUCCGGUCUGAGCUUGGCACUACAGAGCUCCUAACAGGCUGACAGACUGUAAAAUGGCAGAGAGCAGAGAAUAGAAUCAGAGGCUGCUAUCGUUUUACUGCAUGUGGAUUGGAGGGGGCCGCCACCGCCAUUGUCCAGUGGCUUCCUGAUUUGCACUGCGGUGCAUGGUUUAUAAAUGUGGGCACAGUGCUAUGAAAGCUAUUGUUAAAGGCGAGACUAUUGUAAAGAACGUUUAGAGGCGAGGACACCAGGAAGAAAGAGAAAGAGAGAGAGAAAAGUAAAUAAGAUAAAAGAGGCCUGAAGAGGAGGCAAUUAAACGAGGAACAGAAACAAAAAAGAUUUUUUUCUAUCAGUUGCACUCCAAAGCUGUUUCGUAUCCUGAAAUAACAUCGUGCUUUUAGCCCAAUUUCAUAAGUGAGCUGCCUGGCAUGGUGCCUAACUACCCAGCAAAUAGAGGGAAUAAUAUCAUUAUAUCAUAUACAAUACAGGGAAAUCCCAGUGGUGAGCAGACUGCAUGAGCAGCUGUCUGAUUGAGACAGUGGGCGUGUGUACGUCUGUGCUCCUCUGUGUGUGUGUGUGUGUGUGUGUGUGUGUGUGUGUGUGUGUGUGCUGUAAAAACCUUGGAGAGAGGUGUACAGUAGACAUGCAAGUGUGUGUGUGAUAGAGAGAGUAAGUGUCGUCAUUGACUUUGGCUUUACAGCAGGCUCCCGGGCAGUGCUUUACCUGGGACCUAAUCAGUCAGUGAGCCUCACUACCUCCUGGGACCUCCCAGCUGGAGGGGUGUGUGUGAGAUGGGUGUGUGAGUGUGUGUGUGUGUGUGCAGGGAAAGAGGAAGGAAGUCUAAAGGGGUGGAUGUAGACGGCUGCGCUGAACAGAACGGCCUUCUGGGAGCCGGUUCAACCCCGCCUUCCCGGUUUCAGCGCCCACGGCUCUCUGUGACUGGCCACAGUCAAGGUGAUCUUCUGUUUUACAACACACGCGCCUCCACAGGUACAUACAAAGACACACUCAUGCACAGUAACACAACCGUGCAGAGAGCGUGUAACAGAACACAGACUGAUUGAAUUGUCAGUGUUGUAUUGAUGUAUGGGUGGUAAAUCAAUCUGUCAGGUGCUGCAAAUUCAUGGCCACACACCACAAGCAAUCAAAGUCCAACUGGAUAAAAUUUGCUGAAUGCCGGUGAAUAAAGUCGUAUAACUUUCUUUCCAUAGGCAAUUCUGGUUUGCACCCAAAUUUGGAGGGAAAUGACCUGCAUGAAUUAAUCAGCCAUCAGUGUAACUCCUAACUGCUUCUGACAGUAUUUACAGGACAUGGCAGCCUUUGUGUGGAGCUGGAAGCGCCAAGCGUGGCUGAGUGGUCUCACUCGAUGAGUAGACACUGGACAUCCGCCACGCUGAGCUUCAAGCGCACCCGUGGGCCCCCCAUCCCUGGG